CUGCGGGCUUCCGCAUGGCUCGACCGCAGCGGUUCACCCACGGUGGAUGAACCGUUCGGACCUUGUCCCACACGAACCGCUCAGACGGCCGGCGACGGCGGUCGGACAACAUGGUGAGCCGCAUUAUUUCUGGAAAAUAUUCACAUAUGCAUUUCCUCCCUUUCCCAGGCUCAUCUGGAGGGACUUCUUGUCUCCAGAUGCACAUAAGGCUUCGCCUCCCGUCCUCCCACUCCCCACGAACUCCCCCGUCCCUGCCAACCGUCAACGCGCAUUCCGGCUGGCCUUGCUCUUUUCACCGGACCUUCGUUCUCUUGACUGCUCAACCACGACUCACCUCGACCGUGGAACUCUAAAACUCGAAGGCAUGGUCAGACCGAAUAGGAGAUAAGUACACAUAGAUCGAUGAGCGUGUGUGCGGGGAAUUGACCCACCCGUUGUGCAGGAGCGAAAUGUCAAAAGCCGCUCACGGGCAUCGCCGCGUGCAAGUCGAACGCGUCCAAAGCGCGUCAACUGCCGCCGUUCAUGUUGGCAAAGUCACGCGUGCACACCGACGGAGAGCCCAUCGUUCUCGCACGUUCGUGGUGCAAGAGUCCACGAACUUCGCGUUCGGACCGUCUCCCUCCAUGUCAGGCUCAAGACCGUGCUGCUGUCAAGUCAACCACCUCAACAGAUCAAGCCCGCGGUCAAUACCGAACACAUUGCGCUCGAUGCGCGGCAUUGAAGGACAUGGUAAGUCUUGGAUGGGCUAUGUCAGACCUCGCACAGCGGUUAACGCGGUGACCCACAGCAACCUAGAGCGAACGCCAUGGGAUACGGCCAUCACAGCCCACCUCGGACCUCUAUACCACACGCCGAACGCGAGACGCUCCCUUAGAUUGACCUCACCAUCCGUGGCAAGUCACGGUCAACCUCUAUGGCCUGCGAGUACACCAUCGCAGCCUCUUAUCGUUCGAACAUUGCUUGACGUGCACCGAAAUCGGUCAGGAUGCAAUGGAAUGGCAUCAUACGCGCGUAUGUUAGGGAUGGUGAGAUGUGAUCACCGACCGGUCGCGAGACGAUGGAGAAUGUAUGGCGGGACGCGACGGCUCAUAGCCGCAAGCUCUCUCGUGCAGGCGACAGUCCUGCACAUGUUCUGGCGAAGGAGACUGCGAGAAACCACGGCUUGGGCAAAAGGUACGUCAGCUUGCCUUGUCUCUCGCGCACUUCAAGUUUGCCAAUCACGCUGUUCGCAGAAUCGUGAUUGCCAUGGUCGUGAUCACUGCCCUAUGCCAUGCUCCGCAGUCCAAAACCACGAACAGAAGGAUGGCGACAAGAGCACAAGGGCCUAUCCAGCCCGAGCGUCAUGCGGUUGAGCACGAACGAUGACCACCGGUCUUGGCCGUCUCUCGCAGCGCACCUCGUCAAUUACAGUAUCCACGUAGCCAACACCUCGCCUGCGUCUCGAUACGCUCCGG